AUGCGCCGGAUGAGUCCGGAGGUCCUUGCUGAUGGAGGCAAAUGUUCCCGGGAGCUACCGAAGUGCAGCACUUGCAAACCAUGGCCGAGUCGCUGUGAGUAUUCGCGUGACAUAUCAAGCCUCGAGACGCAAGGCGAUAUCGAGAACCGCUUGCAGCACCUUGAGAAGACGGUGCAACAGUUGGCUCACUCGGUCAAUUGCGCUUUGCAGGACAUCUCCCCUGCGUCCUCGACAACUGGUCGUAAUCAACAAUCAAAUCUGGCUCUGCAGCCAGUAAGAGUGGAGAGCAACCCAGCUGGUUCAAGGCUUUACCUUGGACAGUCGCAUUCUUUCUCCUUUUUGAGGGAGACGCCGGCUAACAUUGAGGCAAGCCGUCACCAACCGGGGAAUGUCACUCGCCAAAACGCCUACUCGGGCUUACAGGAUCUCUCCAAUAGCCUGACCACAUCGCAAGUCGAUCUACGUGGAGGGGAAAGUAAUGCAGGUUUUUAUGUGCCGUCAAGACCAGCAGGAUACCAGUUGAUUAGCAAAUUCUUGGAACAUUCCGAGCUGGGGGAGCCAUUCUUCAAGACGCCAUCGGAUGAUAUCAUACGGAAGAUUGAAAGGGCAUGGAUAGUACACUUUAACUACCUCCUGCUUUCGCUUGUUUCGGCAGAGCAGGGUGAAGGCGAGGAGACCGCCAGAUUUCGCCAUAACGCACGGCUAGCGCUCAAUGACAGUAGCAUAUUCAUGGAACCACGCGAAUCUAACGUACAGGCACUACUGCUGCUGGCCAUUCAUGGCGAGGACUAUGCCGCCCCCCAUUUAUCGUGGAUGCUGCUGGGGCAUGCUUGUCGGCAGGCGGAGGCUCUGGGGCUGCAUGCACCUGCUCCCCAGCUCUCAGAGUCGCGACAGCAACAGCGACUGUGCCUUUUCUGGCUCAUUUUCAUGAUCGAGAAAUCUUGCUCGCUAGCAUUUGGCCGUCCAGCGCUUCUUCCAACAGCAUUGUAUAGCGAUGUUCCACUUCCAGACCCUAAUUUCUUACGGAGAUUCCAUCCCCAUCAAACAGCGGACUCGGGAAACGGACAAGCCGCUUCGGAAGAGUCCAAAUUUGGCGCUCAAGUCUUCAUGAAGUAUCUUGAAUUCGCCAGAUUAACGGGGAUUAUAUUAGAUUUACUCGCUACCAGCGGGUCGGUCACAGAGAAGAGAGAUAUUUGGCACAAGCUCGAUACUUGGUAUAGGGAAACAAACCAGGCCCUGACAGAAACUAUGAAUCGUGAGAGGGUUCCGGCGAAUUCCAGGCAGUCUCGAGAGAUGACACUAGGAAUCAGCAGCAUCAAGAUCCAGUAUUUGCACGUCCUCAUUAUCCUGCUGAAAGGCGACAAGGCCUACUCAGAACUCCGCCUCUCAUCUGCUCGCGAGGCUAUCUCCCUCCUAACUUCUAUGGUCUCGAAUUGGAGUUCCUUCUAUAACGGAGUCGUCUGGCAACUGCUCUAUUAUCCCUUCACUCCUUUCUUCGUGGUAUUCGAAAACAUCGUCAACCGCAAGAACUCUUCCACGCCAGCGACAAUCGAACAAGAUCUCGCUCUGUUAGCCACUACUGUGGCUUAUUUCGCAAAUAUGCGGACGCAGAUGCGCUUGCUUGCUCCGAUCUGUUCCAGAUUGCAGCACGUCGCGGCUGGUUUCCUUGAACUGGCACAACUCCAGGCCAGUCAUCAUGCUUCGACUGACACUGGUAGCAAUUUUGAUAGAUCUUUAGAAACCCAUGAUAUGCCGCACCUUGACGGGGCUAACAAGGCGACAUCACGGCGCUGCGAUCCGCAGACAAUGAACGAGAUCGCUACCGGCUACGGACACGCUCGCGAAGCGCUGUCUAAUGGUGAUAUGAGCGAUCCAGAUGUUGCUAGCUAUCUAGAAUGGCUGCCUACUGACAUUGACGCGUCGUGGCCAAUGUUUGACCUUGGAGGUCAGGGAUCUGCAGGCGAUAGAGACAGUCAUGGAAGGAGGAGCUCUCAGACUCGCAGGCGGGCGUUCGAUGGCAUGUUCGACUGGUUCUCAUGGGAUGCCUACUAUGCAGGGACUGGCCCAUGA